GGCAUUGCGGGUGAUGAGGUUAUUUUAUUUUUACUUAUACUGUACUACUUGAAGAAUGAAAUUUUCGUGCUGGUAAUAAGUACAUUACUGUCACUGUCAGCUGCACUACAUAGUAAAUGUAUUGUUCUUCGUGUUUUGAAAAACAAACUUUAUUUGUUAAGGGUUACGUUUCAUAAUCAAUUCAAAGAAAACAAGAUUUAACAUUGAUAUAUUUUUGUUUUGUGCGAAGAUAGUUAUUCAUUUGCAUUUUGUAAAAUAAUAAUAAUUGAAACGGUGCUUCAAUGGUGUGGUAAAUAUGGAGGGACUGACACAAAAUGAGAAAAUUAUAUGGUCAUGUUGGAAAGAGAAAUCUCCUAGAGAUGUGGUCAGGGAGGCUGCUGCCAAAGGGACUCACAUUGAGCUGGCUAUCAGCUAUCUUAUGGACAAAAAUGGAUGGAAUGAGUCUACUGCCCGAGAUUGGUUUCUGGCCGAGGUCAAAGCCUGGACUGUCCAGCUCUUAUCAAGAAAGCAAAUCUUCAAAGUUCUGCACAUACUAAAUAAAGUUAAGAUAAACCCAGAACAGCAUUUAAUGUCUCUUGCUGAAGACUCCGCUCAAAUAGAAUACAGAGAUUUCAUUGUAGAGCAGAUCGAAAAGUUAGCAAAGGACAUGAACAGUGAGAGCUUAUCGAAAUGGCAAAACUUUAAAAGACAUUGGAACCUUCUGCGGUACCUAGAAAAGUCUUUUGAGUGUGACGGUACUUUCAAGCAGAACAAAGUGUUUGGGACGGGGAAGGAGCGGAUUGUUGUUAACGAGAGUGAAAUAAAAGCUUUGACCAUUGAGAAAAUUGAGAAAUAUCCACAACAAUGGAAGAGCAGAAUUGCCACUGCACUGUUUUUUAAUUCAUUUGAAUUUUCUCUACUAGAUUUCUCAGCACCAUUUGAAAUGUGGAACUAUCUAGUAGAGAACAAUAAAGCUAUGAUCUUAGUCCGCUGGAUCAACGUGCAGACUUCCGAGGUAGUCCGCGAUAUGAACGCCCGAUACAACUUCUUUAACAACGACGGUUUCGUGAAAAAGCUCCUGAACGUCGACACUAUAGGUUUCGACACACACGUGUUGGAAAACCUCGACGGUAUAUUCCGUAAGUGGUCGGUCACUAAUGAAAUGAUCGAGAACAUUGCCAAAAGCAACUGCUUUGAUUACACCAAACUUUGCAUUUACGACACUUUGUCCUCAUACGGCAUUGUAAAUGAGACCGAACGAAACAAUCUCUAUUUAAUUCUCUCAAGAUUGUCACGCACUCAAAAUUUGAAGCUAAUUGACGAUAUUUUUACUGAAUCUUGUUCUACUAUCAGUAGGGAGCAUUUUUAUGUCGAGCUAGCAAAAUACUGCGUCAAGAAUAAGCUGUACAAAGUAUUGACUUUAUGCGUUGAAGGUAAUAUAUUAGAUACAGAUUUAUCUGACGUGGAAAAAGAGGCUAAAGAUUGUAUAGAACUGUGGUUGCUAUUCAAGAGCAUUGAACAGACAUCCGACAGACAAAGUCACGUACUGCCAGUUUACAAAACUUGCGUUCAAAUUGCCAACGAAAACAUAGAUGACUAUGUUUCCUCUAACCCACACUUAGUCCUCGGAAUGAUACUUCUUGAAGAUACUAAACAGCUAUUUGAUAUAUUCUCCAAAGAAGAUUUUUUACAGUUCAAGGACUUUAAAUUGCCAAACCAAAUAUAUAAGGAUAAGCUUCCACAUUUGUAUAAUGUAUAUAAAAAGUACUCUGAUGUUAACCAAACAUAUGAGGCAAAAGAUGUGAAUGUUUAUCAGUUGUUAUCUGGAUACCGAGGUCUAGAUGUGUCCAAGAUAUUUGAAUUUCAACUGGUGAACCAGAAUACUAACAGUUUGAUUACUGAUAAACCGGACAGACGCAGCUUGGGUAGCCUGCUGUCAAGCGACGUUGAUGUUAAAGCGGCCAGUAUAAAAGCUUUAACGCAAAGAGCUAUGGAGAUGCCCGACUUCGCCGACGAAAAGUUAAUGAAAAAGUAUGGCUAUGUGGCUAAGCUGAACCAUGUUUACUACUUAAAACAAUAUCGACCAUGCAAUGCAAGUCAAGCGUUUGUCUCUCAACAGUACCAAAUGUACAAUCGCUUGCAGGAGAAGAGUGUGAAGAGUGCUUGCUGCGAAGCUCAUGCGUUAGCUUUACACAACUGGUUCGACGGAGCUAUGACGGCUUGCACAGUAUCUUUCAUCGCUAUGAUAGGAUGUAACCCGACCAGAUGCAGGGUUCAUAUUUCAGCUGCAAAAAUGAUCAGACAUCACAUGAUGGAAUACAGAGGGUAUCCCGAAGAAAAGGCAAACAAAAUGGUUAACGAAUACAUGUCGAAAUUAGUUCAGAGCAAUGACGAGGCCGCUAAAGAGAUGUUGCGUUACUUGGAAGAGAUAACGUUAAGUAAACUGGCUGAAAGUCAGAAGUUGGACGGGAAAGUCGAUAUGUCGCUGGUUCUGUAUGAAUCUCAGACGAUGGUGAAGUUUGCUACGUUGCACCACCUGCCUCUACCGGAGCAGCAGCUAAGGGAGUUCGUGAAGGCUAACUCUUGGUUUAACUUUCUCCUUUUCGGCGACGUGUUCCGAUACCCUCUCAGUCAGAUGUUGCAGCUAUCUCAGGAGUUCGAGAAGAAGUCGUAUGCGGAACACUUGAAGCAUAUUAUGUUGCACAGGAGCUCUGAAGACGUGUUUGAAAAGGAUACGAAACUGAGUUCCAGUAACGGCCAACGCCGAGCUUCAAGGAUGAACUCCAUGGAAGUUAGUCCAACCCAAGGAUGUAGUUUUGAAUUCCCUACGAGUGCAUACAUGGGUCGUGAGCUCUGGGAAGUGGCGGCCGCUUGUCAUGGCCCCGAGGACCCGCCUGCUGCUCUACUUAGGGCCGCAGAUAUAUGCAGGGAACCUCUUCUCGUUCUUAUUGCUAGUUGUUAUGAGCCAAAUGCAGUGGAUGUCCUAUGGCCUCAAUGGAUCUUAUCAUCGUUGUCUCCCAGCGCCCGAUCUCAAGACGUACUGCAGCAGUUGAUGACACAACAGCACGCGGCCGCUGAGCAGUUCCAAAAAGUUGCCGAGUUGUGUUUAUUAAAAGGAUAUAUAACUACGCUGCAUGAAGCCAUGCUUAUCUUUAUGCCGGAGAGCCCUCUUACUCUUUUCACAUCGUUCCUCCACCGAUGCAUCCGCCAUCACACUUUCGAUGCCGAAACGAACAAACUUCUAACCAGCUUCCUGCAACAAUCGCAAAGGAAGUACAGCGUUGGUGGUAGUGCUACGCCUUGGCAACUGUCUAAGGAGGCCUUACAGAAGGUAGCUGUGGCGCUCGUCAAAAUCGCUUUGACACAUAAUUUCGAUAGCGCCUAUCAUCAGAGGGAGUUCCUCAAAUGCUUAGCUGUGAAUCAGUUCGAGAAAGGAUUAAUGGUCCCGUCACCAAAGUUUUCCACGUUGUACGAAAUUCUUCAAAUCUCAAUGGAAACGUCAUUAGCCGUCAACAUCUCCAAGAUGCUUCAAGAUGACUCCCAAAAAUACUUAGAAGAAUGCGUAGAGAUGUACACAAUCAACAAAAAUUACGACGUAGCGUUAAAAAUUGCAAAGUUAUCCGGCGUUUCAUUGCUUAGCUUCAAUAGUAUCUUGAUAGUGGAAUGGUCGUGUAAAUAUGAGAAUUUAGUUGCAAAAGAUGAUAUGAUAGAUGAAAGAGCUAUAACAUUCUUUAUAGCAGAGUGUAGCGAAGCCUUUAAGAAGGCGGCGGUCUCAUUCGCAGAAGCGACAGAGUUCCUUGUGUCACACGUUAAACAUAUCUCGGAUACGUCUCAAAAAUUCUACGCAUACAGAAUAAUAAUGAGUUGGUUCGAAGAAAACUUGGAAUACGGAAGAAGACGGGAAGAGAUUGAACACCUCAUGUGGGACGCGUACUUCAAAAGCGAAUCUCAAAGUAGCAUCUUCCUAAACAGUUACCAAAGCACUUUGCACUUUAUUAUGAACGGACAGAAGGAUCCUAAUAUUUCGAGUAAAAUUGGGCAGGCGAACGCAGAAAAACCAUUCUCUAUGAUGCUAGAUGAGAUAGAAAUAGAAUCAGAUGUUAGUAACAUAGAAAAAGUGGUUCUUUUAGAGGAGCCUGAAGCUAUUGACUGUUGGAGACGAGUUAUGAACCAAUUGCUAUCAUUGAAACUUUUGGUAGACGCUUUCAGGCUUUCAGCUUUAUUUAAGAGCCCACCGGAAUAUAGGUACAGACCUCCAGCUUGUCCGGUACAGAUUGUGAGGACUUGUUUGAAGCUGGCUGAGGGAACGUGCUCGCCGUACGAAUUGCCGCAAGAAUUGAGGCUCGUUAUAUCCUCUCCUAUGCUGCAAAAUAAAUUGUCCAUAUCAGGUAUAUCAGACGCCAGUUUUGAAGAAUUGGUGGUGAUUCAAGAAAAGCAAGAGAAUAUACCUGAAAGCGCCCACCUAGCAGCUCGCGAGGAAGCAGACAGGCUGUCAGCAUUAGACGCACUCGCUGUUAGGAGUGGCCUGACGCUUGCUAAGCAAGUAGCCAGUUACUUCCGUAUAGCGCUACAAAUUGGUUGGGACUACACGUCGGUCUUGAAGUAUCAGAACCGCGCGGUUGAUUUCAUCAACUUAGUCAGUGGACGAGCCAGAAUGUCACUCGCCAAUCUUGUAUUCAAGACAUUUAAUAUUCCAUCGAAGCAGGUAGCUGAAUACCUCUGCAAAGAAAUAGUUGCAGCUAUAAUAUCUCCUCACCUGGUGAAAACAUCAACCUUCAAGCAGAAGGAACAUUUCCAAUACACUCUCUGGGGUUACGCUCUGAACGCGGACAUAGAAAUGUUUCUGAACAUGCGUCCGGACGCCUGCAGUCACAUCGGACGACUGAUCCUCGACCACCUAAUGGCCUUCCAGAAGAUCUACAAAUGUUCGGGGAAUUCGAAACAACCCGACAAUUUACUCGACGACAGCGGUUUGGAUGUCGAGAAUUUAAUUGAUGAGGAAUAUCAGAAUGUUGAAGGUGAUGAAGCGGAAUCCGUUCUUACUGAGGAAGGGACUAUUAUGUCUGCUGAAACUGAGUCCGUGUACUCAGUGUCCACCGUCUACACAGCCGGGAAUAAAAUGACGAGAGAUUCCAGAAGAAAUCUGUUUGAUGUCAUCAAUAAGAAUAAUGUUCAUAUACGGUAUGAGGUUAAGUCGAAUAUCAGGAAGAUAACUAAAGGCGCGAAAUUGUCAACCAAACAGGUGAACAUAAUCUGCCUGGAGUUGCUAGUUGUCGCUCACGAGUGUUUCGCUUGCGCGUGCGACACGGAGGGCGUGGCCACGGCGCUGCGGUCCGCGCAGGCGCUGGCGGCGCGCCUGCUGGCCGCCAGGUCGUGGAGGCUCAUGGUGCGUCUGCUGACCGGCCUGGCGCGGUAUACCGAGUGCGCUUAUGUGUUUCAAGCGUUACGUGACAACCAUCAAUUCGAGUUCCUUCUCGGCCAAUUCGACUACAUGCUUGGUCAGCAAGUUGAUAAGAUCGCUGAGUUCAAACAAGGCUUACUGGACUUCCUGAAGACCCACUGUCCUGGCGACACAGACACCUACAUAAUGGUCGCCUUGCAUUUCAACAUGUAUGCUGAAGCCGCUAAUGUCAAGAGGAAACAGGCGCUGAAUUUGAUUGAUGAUCUGGAGAAAAUGGCGCUCGAUGCUGCGAAGGCCACAUCAAAAAAACCGUUCCAACCACCCACCUGGCUACAGAUCCACGACAACGUAUCUACACGUUCCCUCCUAGACACAGCGUUAAUACAUUGCACGGACGCAGCCGAGCUCUACCUUCAGGGCGGUUGUACCGGCUUCGCGGGGGAGAUGGCAGCACUGGCGCAGCAGAUAGCCCUGCAGAUAUCACUGUUGAAUGCCUCGCCUACGAGACUGAUAUUAAAUAGGAGUACAGAGCAAAUGUAUAGACUUGUCAGUGAAUAUCUGAGUUUCAUGGAAGGCCUAGUCCUGCUAGCGGGUCGCGGCGGCGAGGCGUGGCGCGAGCUGUCCUACCGCCGCACGCUCACCAACGACCAGGCCUACCUGCGCGACAUGGCUAUGUAUAGACCUGAUGUAGCACAUGACUUCCUAAAUAGAUACAAGACGGAACGCAACAAAACAACAGUGUCACAGGCGGCCAUGACAGAGUUACGCAACCUCUGUAGAUGAUACAAACCUCUGUGAGACAGAUCUCAGCUGUUUUAAUGCUCAUUCGUAAUUAUUAUUACUAUAUUUCAUGUAUUUUAUACUAAAGGGCAAGUUGCCUAGGCUAUAUAGCUCUGGUACCCUAAAUGUACGACCUUUUUCAUAUAUUUCAGGGCGUGGCUUGGACAUGUAAAUGAAAACAAAAAUUAAUUUAUUUGUCCAAGGUUGUCAGGUGGCACUUUUCGAAGUGAACUGAAGAUUUCUGUCUUUCAUUAUUUCUGUAUGAUUUAUUGAAAUAUGCGUACGUACUUGUCGCUGUGCAGGUGUGGUCAUAGGUCUCAAGUUCCAUGUCAUACAUGAUCAUCUUUCUCCUAGUCUUAAAUGGGUGUGCCCGAAAGCUGAUUUUAUUUUGUAAUUGAUAAAAUGAUAAGUGACACGUAGAAGUUACAUGACUUUUGAAAAACAACUCGUUUCUGUGCUGAGUUUUCCAUGGAAUUUCAAAAAAGAGAUAGCAGGCCGAUUUGGACAUCUGCCUUAAAACAGCAGCGAAAUUACACCAAUUUAUCGAUAAAGAGGAUCUUUGCCCAACAGAGGGAUAAUUAGUAAAUAAGUUUGUAUAAUAAUGUACCAAAUAUAAUAUCUUACUAAAUUGCUUCAA